AUGGCCAAGGUACUCUUGACUGCCCAUUGUCUCGAUCAGCUCCUUGAAAAGAAUUACAGCGUCAUAACGACUGUACGAAACGAGGAGAAGGCCCAGAAGAUUCGAGAUGCAUACAAAUCCCUCGGUGACCGUCUGAAGGUGGUCAUCGUGCCCGAUCUGGCCAAGGAAGACGCCUUUGAUGAUGUCGUCGCUCAGAAUCCCGACAUUGACUCUGUCCUUCACACUGCCACCGACCCUAUCAAGGAGCUCGUCGACCCAGCCGUGAAAGGCACGACCGGCAUCCUCCGCGCGGUGAACAGGUGGGCCCCCAACGUCCGUCGCGUGGUGAUCACGUCCUCCUUCGCGUCCAUCCUAGACGAGGCACACCUCCACGACCCGGACACCACCUUCACCGAGGCGUCGUGGAACCCGGACACCAUCCGGGACGUGGGCCGCUCCCCCGCCACGGCGUACCGCGUCAGCAAGACCCUCGCCGAGCGAUCGGCCUGGGACUUCGUCUCCGCCUCCCGAGGUGCCCCGUCGGGGGCGGAGGGGGGGUCGGGACCGGCCAGCUUCGACCUCGUCACCAUCUGCCCCCCCCUCGUCCUCGGUCCGGUCGUGGACCACCUCGUCUCCCUGGAGAGCGUCAACACCUCCAACGAGAGGGUCGUCGACCUCCUCCGCGGCCGGUGGAGGCAUUCCAUCCCCUCGCAGGGCCCCGUGUCCCUCUGGGUCGACGUCCGCGACGUCGCGCGCGCCCACGUCCGCGCCCUGGAGAUCCCCGAGGCCGGCGGGAAGCGCCUCUUCACCACGGCCAGGUACUUCUCCAACAGCGAGAUCGCCGCCAUCGUCCGCAACGGCUUCCCCGAGUACGCCGACAAGGUGCCCGGCCCGGAGGUCCAGGGCGGUGAGAGGCCGGAGCCCCAUAACACCUUUGCCUUUGACGUCUCCUUCACAGAUCGUCUGCUGGGUAUAAGGUGGAUCGAUCUCGAGACCAGUGUGAAGGAUCUUGUCAAGACUUUCAAGGCUCAUGGGCUGUGA